AAAGGUCCAUACUACAAUCUAGAGAUCCAUUUAACCGCCUCUUCUUCUCUCUCCUUCACACUCCGCGCGACUACCGGCCACUGACCCGAUUCCGUCACCGGUCGGAAGAGCCAUGGCCCUGAGAAUGGUGACUGGGAAGUUGCGGAGCAAAUGGUUGCCCAGGUUCUCUGCUGCUUCUCUACUGCAUUCACACGCCACCAGUUUUGGAUUUAAAGAAGUACAGGAAGAAGAAAAAAGUCGCAUGGUUGGUAAUGUCUUCAGCAGUGUGGCUUCAAACUAUGAUCUCAUGAAUGAUUUGAUGAGUGUUGGAUUACAUAGAUUAUGGAAGGACAGACUGGUUUCUAAACUGAAUCCAUUUCCUGGAAUGAAGCAUCUUGAUGUGGCUGGUGGGACAGGGGAUGUAGCUUUUCGAAUCCUGGAAGCCAUAAACAGUGUCAAACAUAGAGCAAUGCAAGAUGUUCUUGAAGAUAAUUUACAUGAAGAAACUCAGAUAUUUGUAUGUGACAUCAACCCCAACAUGUUAAAUGUUGGUAAAAAGCGAGCCUUGGAGAGAGGUAUUGGAGAAGCCAAAUCCCUAUUAUGGGUGGAGGGGGAUGCAGAAGCCUUGAACUUCAAAGAUAAUUCAAUGGAUGGUUACACAAUUGCCUUUGGGAUCAGGAAUGUUACACACAUAGAGAGAGUUCUUGCUGAAGCUUACAGGGUACUAAAACGGGGAGGAAGAUUCCUUUGCCUUGAACUGAGCCAUGUGGAUGUUCCUAUUUUUAAGGAAUUAUACGAUUAUUAUUCAUUCUCCAUCAUUCCAGCAGUGGGAGAGCUAGUUGCAGGUGAUCGGGAUUCAUAUCAGUACUUAGUUGAAAGUAUUCGCCGUUUUCCCUCCCAGGAGAAAUUUGCUUCGAUGAUUGUAGAUGCAGGGUUUCAGAAGGUUGAGUAUGAAAAUCUUAGUGGUGGAGUGGUUGCCAUCCAUUCGGGCUUAAAAAUUUAAGUGUAUGUGUUAUCAUUUCUUAUCUGAAAUAUCCCUACAGCUUCUAUACCUUACAUAAUUUUUGGCAGUGAAGUUUCAUGUUACCCUGUAUGAAAUACGACAGAAAGCUUUUUAGUUUGAAGCGGAUUCUAUACGAGUGUCCCUAGCUUGUGCAAAUUUCUGGAGAAAAAAUGGGUUUAUUACUCUAGAGAGGCAUGUCACAGAUACUGUACUUAAUAAAGCUUGAAAUGAAAGUCAUUUUUUGA